AUGAGUUGCAUGAACCCGUUCGGCAUUCUGCAAGACUGGCUCGCUCACAAAUUCUAUCAUUAUGGCCUUUUUGUCUCAAAGCAUCCACGAAUUUUCACCGUUUUCCCAUUGAUUUUGACAGCUUUUCUAUCAUUGGGCAUUUUCAACGUUCGAACAGAGGAUGAUCUCCGCUUUCUCUACUCUCCGCAAGCAUCUCAAUCCCGAGUCGAGUACCAAAUUCACAAAUCUUUCAGCGGAGACUCGACGAAUAGCUCUUUUCUCUCAAUCACCGUUGAAUCAGCAACUGAAGACAAGAAUUUGCUAUCAAAAGAAAGAGGGGAUAUCAUCAAGAACUUUAACAGAUGGAUUCUCAACGAAAUGGAGAUUGAUUUGAAUGGAGAAAAGGUGAAAUUCGGCGGCAACAUUUGCAAAUCCGAAGAACCUUGCGGUCUCUCGAACACGAUCGUCGAAAUCUUCUUUGACACUUAUUGGAAUAAAAAGCUGCUCGCCGAUCCGCGAAUCGAGAUCAGCUACCCGAUGAUGAAAUUUUUCGAGAACAAAUUCUUUCUGCCCACUCACAUGUAUGGGGUGAAAUUGAAGCCGAAUCGAGACAUUGACGCGAUCGAAAUGGUUCACAUGUUCUACAUGGUUCCCUCGUAUGAACAGCACCUAGCCGACGACGUUUGUGCCGCUGUAGUUGAAGCGAUUCGAGACUCUGUCGAAAAACGACUACCACAACUUCAGACUUCUAUGUUCUCUCUAUCAAUUCUAAAAGAGGAAAUGCAAAAGAACGCGACUUUCACGAUCCCUUUCAUCCCACUCACCGUCUUCUUGUUGAUCACUUUUUCAGUCAUUUCAUGCAUGACCGGCGAUUGGAUCACUUCGAAACCGAUUGAGGCCACUGUUGGAGUGUUCACGUCGACACUCGCCAUUUUCAGCUCGGCUGGUGUCCUUUUUGCUAUAGGGACUCCAUUUGUGCAUCAGGUAACUGUGAUGCCGUUCCUUGCUUUGGCAAUUGGAGUCGAUGAUACUUUUGUGAUGUUGGGCGCUUGGCAAGACACGAAGAGGACCCUAUCACCGGAGAAACGAAUGGCGUUAACACUGGAGGAAGCUGGAUGUGCCAUCUCGGUGACAACCCUUACCUCCGUCCUCUCUUUCAGCAUCGGCACCUACAGCAGCACUCCAGCUAUCUCGAUUUUUUGCAAAUUUAUCGCCUUAGCUUUAUUCUUUGAUUGGUUUUAUCAGCUAACAUUUUUUGCCGGAGUGAUGGUGUUGGGUGGACGACGAGAAGCGGCUGGUUACCACUCGAUCUUCGUCUGGAAAAGGAUGUCAAAAGAGGAGAUUGAAAAGGCUAAACAACCAGACGCCAUUUCGCCGACUCGUUACCUUUUCGAGAACAAGUUGGCCCCAUUCCUUUGCAAGCCAUCCACGAGAAUGGUUCUAGUGUUAAUUUAUGGAGUUUACAUUGCCACUGCUUUUUAUGGAUGCUCCCUAUUGACACCGAAUUUGACGCCAAGUCGAUUAGUGGUUGACGACUCACCAUUGAUUCACUACCUUCACUUGGCUGAGAAUCACAUCUGGGCCGAGGGACUAAUUGGACUCGUUUACGUCAAUGAUGCUCCAGAUUUUGCAAAACAUCCAGACCAAAUCGAUCGAAUGCUUAAAUUUGUGUCAGAACUCGAAAGCACUCCAUAUUCGAUGGGGCCGAACUCGACAAGGAUUUGGUUAAGAGAUUUCAAUGAUUACAGACAAUUCUUUGCUGAAGAUGACUCUCGCUUUUAUCAAACACUCAAAUCGUUUGUUCAUGUUUCUUUCAAUACUCACUGGGCGUCAAAUCUGAAAUGGAAGCCCAGAUCGAAUGAGACUGGAGACGAGUAUGUGAACAAGUUCUUUUUCACGACAGCUUUUGCGAUCAAUGGAUGGAAUGUGAGAACGGAUCUUUUGUUAUUGUGGAGAAAUAUCACGGCCAAAUAUCCAGAAUUUGACGCUUAUGUCUUUGACGAGAACAACUUCUACAGUGAUCAAAUGUUGGAGUUGCAAACAACUACACUUCAAUCAUUGGGCACCGCCAUUUUGACACUCAUCUCGGUUUGCAUUCUCUUUGUCGCCGAAAGCUCGAUCGUUUUCUGGGUUGUGUUCACUCUGAUCUCGAUGGACAUCGGCACCGCAGGAUUUCUUUCUCUUUGGGGAGCCGAUCUUGAGCCGACAACCGUUGUUAACAUUUUGAUGUCAAUUGGCCAAUGCAUCGAUUUUGCCACACACGUCGGCUACCGAAUUUAUCGUUCCGAGAAGAAAGAUCCCACUGAUCGAAUCCGGGAUUCACUAGGAGCGAUUGGAUGGCCUGUUCUACAAGGAGGACUGGCAACGUUAUUGGCAAUAUUGGUGAUGAUCCGAGUUCCGUCAAAUGCCGUUCGAAUGUUCGCAAGAACGUCGAUACUCGUUGUGGCCACUGGAUUGUUCCAUGGUCUUUUGAUUUUACCGGUCAUUGUACGAUCUUUUGCAUCAGAUGCAGCAGCUCACUCCGAUAAACUCGAGGAAAUCGCCCGGAAGAAAGCUCUGAAGGACAAGCCAACGAAAAGUCUAGAC